CUCGCUCAUCGCUGCUGUGUAGGUGGGUCUGCAUACGUUCGCGUCAACAUCGCGUCUGAAUUUCAUGGUCGCGAGAAAAUGUGAAAGUCAAAACCGUGAAAUCUCUGUGACCGGACACGAUGUCGAGCUAAUCGCUGGAAUUGAACUAGGCUCAGCAGUUGGCCAGGAUUGUUCCUCUGGAUUGAAUCUUCGGUGCAUGUAUGUCAAUGUGACGAGAGGAAACUCUACCAACGGCACUAUGGGUCAAGACAGAGGAAAGUACGACUUCUAUAUAGGCCUUGCUUUGGCAAUAAGCUCCAGUAUAUUUAUCGGCGGUAGUUUCAUCUUAAAGAAGAAAGGGCUCCUUCGACUGGCCAGGAAGGGCUCGAUGCGAGCAGGGCAAGGAGGUCAUGCAUAUCUAAAAGAAUGGCUUUGGUGGGCUGGCUUGUUAUCAAUGGGGGCUGGUGAAGCUGCCAAUUUCGCAGCAUAUGCCUUUGCUCCCGCCACACUCGUCACUCCUCUCGGGGCUCUCAGUGUGCUAGUCAGUGCGGUUUUGUCCUCGUACUUCCUGACAGAGAGGUUGAACCUGCACGGAAAGCUUGGCUGUCUGCUCAGUAUCCUGGGCUCCACUACCAUGGUGAUACACGCACCUCAAGAGGAGGAAAUGGACAGCCUGGAAGACAUGGCCAAAAAACUGGUUGAUCCAGGCUUUGUGGUCUUUGCAACAGUCGUCAUCAUCGUAGCGCUCAUCUUCAUCUUCGUAGUGGGCCCACGCCACGGGCAGACCAACAUCCUGGUCUACAUCACUAUCUGCUCCGUGAUUGGUGCCCUGUCCGUCUCCUGCGUGAAGGGAUUGGGCAUCACCAUUAAGGAGGCCAUCGCUGGGAAGCCAGUGUUGCGAAAGCCUUUGGCCUGGCUUCUGCUGCUGAGCCUGAUCGCUUGUGUUAGCACACAGAUCAACUACCUGAACAAAGCACUGGACAUCUUCAACACAUCCCUGGUGACGCCCAUCUACUACGUGUUCUUCACCACCUCAGUGCUCUCCUGCUCUGCCAUAUUGUUCAAAGAAUGGGAACACAUGGGGGUCGAUGACAUCAUCGGCACAAUGAGCGGUUUCUUUACGAUUAUAGUGGGCAUCUUUCUUCUGCACGCCUUUAAGGACGUUAGCAUCAGCUUGGCGACACUGGCUGUGUCCAUCAGGAAGGACGAGAAGAACGGGCCGGUGUCAAACGGCAUCGCCGCACACAACCACUCCAGUUAUGAGCUGCUACAUAAUGACGUCACGGAGGACUUUGACGACAGAGAGUUGGGGUUGCCUUUCGACAGCGUCUCCAGGAGAAACGGCACAAUGACCAUCUCUUAGGUUCGAGGAGGAACCGAUAUGCAGCAGUUCGUCUAUAAAAAUGUUUGGCUGCUCUUAUGGACUUUUAGCAUUUUUCUUUCCUUUUCAGAUGAGAUAAAACCUAAGACAAUCAACUCAAAGCAAAAAAAUAAAAAUAAAAAACAACGUCAAAAAAGAUGGACCAAUCGAUUGUACUAAGGGUUUUCAUUGCCUCUUUUUGUUUUUUUGUUUCAAACUAGACUACAUGGUAAGCAUCAUCUCAUUCCUCAUGUAGCACUGUAAAUAUACAACUGUACGUUUUUAAGAGACUUUUGUUAUAUUUUAUGUACAGAUAUCUGUAUUUACAUGCACUGAGUUCCUUUCUACAAAAUUGGUAGUUGCUUUGACUUUAUAAUAAAGACAUCCAAGUGGAA